GCUCUGCUGAUCGCCGCUGUGCUGCAAGGCAAGACGGGCAGAGCAGAGCAGAGCAGCUGCAGAGAGAGCAGGGGACGCUGACUACAACGGACCGGGCUCAUAUUGGGAAAGUCACAAACGCAACAUUUGCCUUUCCUCUGAUUUGAUACCCAAAUAUUUUCACUCGCGACCUCUCCGCUGACCACGACUCUCCAUUUUUACGCCUGCGUGGGAAUAUAUUUUUCACCCCCCUCGACCUGAAAUGACUGCUAGUCGCCGUGUCUAGCCAAUGGUUACUGCGGGGGCUCCCGUCUUGUGGAUUAUCCGUCGUCGCCGAGCCAGUUGCAUGGUCGAGCCCGGAGGAGGCCCCGCUCUGCUGGAUGGAUGUGUGUGAAGCAGCGCCGGACUCCAAGUGCUGAUGAAGACGGUGAUAGUGAUGAUGCUCGGGUUUCAUCGGCAGCGGGUGAACUGAUCUUGGAUGUUCGGGCUAUAUCGCCCCCACACAAACCAUUUCCUCAUACAGCAAAACAUAUAUUCCUUAAAAACUGGACGCCCCUGGAGCAGUUUAUGACGACCCUGGUAGGAGCGUGAUGAGCGCGCGCUUCCGCUUGCCUGCUGGCAGAUCCUACAAUGUCCGGGCGACGGAGCUGGAGCGAGACAGGCAGCACACACAGGUUGUGUGCAACGUACUGCUGCUGGACAACACCGUCCAGGCGUUCAAAGUCAGCAAGUCGGAUCAUGGCCAGGUGUUGCUGGAUGCUGUCUUCAAGCACCUGGAGCUGACUGAGAGAGACUAUUUCGGCCUGCACAUGGCUGAUGACUCCUUAGAUACGCCGCGCUGGCUCGAUCCCAACAAGCCCAUCAGGAAACAGUUAAAAAGAGGGUCCCCCCAUAACUUGAGCUUCAGAGUCAAAUUUUUUGUGACAGACCCCAGUAAACUUCAGGAAGAAUACACACGCUACCAAUAUUUUCUUCAGAUCAAGCAGGAUAUAUUGACUGGAAGAUUGCCCUGUCCACACAACACAGCCGCACUGCUGGCGUCCUAUGCUGUUCAAUCUGAGUUGGGGGACUACAGUGAAACGGAGCAUACAGCAGGAUAUCUGUCAGAAUACUGCUUCAUCUCCAACCCCCCACAGGACUUCCACAAAGAGGUCUCCAAACAUCACCAGCAGCACAGUGGUCUAUCUCCUGCCCAGUCAGAGUUUAAUUAUCUGAACACAGCACGCUCGCUGGAGCUCUACGGGGUAGAGCUGCACUAUGCAAGGGACCAGAGCAACACAGAGAUUCUUAUUGGGGUGAUGUCUGCUGGCAUUGUAGUUUACAAGAACAGGGUACGGAUCAACUAUUUCCCAUGGUUGAAAAUAGUGAAAAUCUCCUUCAAGUGCAAACAGUUCUUUGUCCAGCUGAGAAGAGAACCGAACGAGACGCGGGAAACGCUGCUGGGUUUCAACAUGGUGAACUAUCGGGCUUGUAAAAACCUGUGGAAAGCCUGCGUGGAGCACCACACCUUCUUCAGGCUGGAGCGGCCCAUCCCACCACAGAAGAACUUCUUUGCUCACUACUUCACGCUGGGCUCAAAAUUCAGAUACUGUGGGCGGACGGAGGUGCAGUCUGUGCAGUAUGGAAAGGAGAAAGGCAUCAAGGACAGAGUGUUUGCAAGCAGAUCUCCCAGCAAGCCAUUGGCCAGGAAGUUACUAGGCGGAACUGACUGGGAGUCGGUCAGCAGGAACAGCCUAUCAGACGAGAGACUGGAGACCCAGAGCCUGCCCACUCGCUCGCCGCCUGGGACGCCCAAUCAGAACUCGCUGUUUGUACAAGAAGGCACGCGGCUACGCCCGUCGUCCGUCGGCCACCUGGUCGAUCAUGUGAUCCACGCGUCACCCAGCCUGCCCGUCUUCUCCUCCAAUCACAAGUCGGCAUCGUCCACGCAGGCCAACAGCAUCAGCCUGGACUCCACACCGUCUCCAGAGGGGAUCGACAGCCAGCCUCCAGCUCUGCCCCCCAAGCAGCUGAGCAGAAAGACCUUGAGCCAGAUCAUCCAGGCCCACUCCCAGCAGAGCCUCCUGGACAACCACCUCAACGAGAUGUACGAUGUUCCCGUCAACGCUGACAAGACCACGCUAAAUGGAGUCGUCCCUCAUGAUAAUCUGGUCCUGAUCAAGAUGAGACCAGACGAACACGGACGAUUCGGCUUCAACGUCAAGGGCGGUGCUGACCAGAAGAUGCCCAUCAUUGUGUCUCGAGUGGCUCCGGGGACGUCAGCCGACCUGUGCGUGCCGCGCCUCAACGAGGGCGACCAGGUGGUCUUAAUUAAUGGGCGGGACAUCUCUGACCACACCCACGAUCAGGUGGUCAUGUUCAUCAAGGCCAGCUGUGAGAGCCACUCUGGAGAGCUCAUCCUGUUGGUCAGACCAAACGCCAUCUACGACGUCGUGGAGGAGAAGGCGGACUCGGAGCCAGAUUUUCAGUACAUCCCUGAGAAGUCGCCUCAGGACCCCGCCCAGCUAGACCAGCAUGCUUUGAGGGACUCCAUGGUCACGCUGAAGGAAGGCCUGAGCAGUGGAGCCAUACUGGCACAGUUUGAUCAACUGUACAGGAAGAGGCCGGGGAUGACCAUGCUGUGUGCCAAAUUACCUCAGAACGUUUCCAAAAAUCGCUACAGAGACAUCUCUCCUUACGAUGCCACUCGGGUCAUUCUGAAAAGCACAGAUGACUACAUCAAUGCAAAUUACAUCAAUAUGGAGAUUCCAGCCUCCAGUCUGAUAAACCGCUACAUUGCGUGCCAGGGCCCGCUGCCCAACACCUGCCCUGACUUCUGGCAGAUGACAUGGGAGCAGGGCUCAUCUAUGGUGGUCAUGCUGACUACGCAGGUCGAGAGAGGGCGGGUGAAGUGUCACCAGUACUGGCCCAAUCCAGACAGCAGCGCCACCUACGGAGACUUCACAGUAACGUGCCACAACGAAGAGGGCAACUCUGCCUUCCUGGUCCGGGAGAUGACUCUAACUCACACACAGAGUGAGCAGCAGAGAGAGCUCACCCAGAUUCAGUACCUGGCCUGGCCGGACCACGGCGUUCCUGAUGACUCCACUGAUUUCCUGGACUUUGUGGCUCUGGUACGGACCAAACGGGCCGGACAGGACCAUCCGAUGGUGGUCCACUGCAGCGCGGGGAUUGGUCGGACGGGGGUUCUGAUCACCAUGGAGACAGCAUUGUGUCUAAUGGAGUGCGGUCAGCCGGUGUAUCCUCUCGAUAUCGUCAGGACCAUGAGAGACCAGAGAGCCAUGAUGAUCCAAACGCCUAGCCAGUACCGCUUUGUAUGUGAGGCCAUCCUGAGGGUCUACGAGGAGGGCCUGGUCAAACCACUCAAGACCGCCAUCUACCAGCAGAGAGAGAAGGUGGACGAGGAGAAGGUGGAGGAGAAGAAAGAGCAGCAGACAGCAGGUGAUGGAGAAGAGACGAUGGCAGCGACAGAGGACGGGGAGGCGGCUGUGGUGGAGUUACUGGAAGGAGGUCUGGAUGAGGAGGAUGACGACGAUGAGGAGGUGGAAGUGCUGGAUGUGGGAGAAGUGACAGAAGAGGGGGAGGAGGAGGAGGAUGAAGAGGAGGAGGAGGAGGAGGAGGAAGUGGAGGAGCCGAGCGUCGCAAGCGCGGCGAGCGCCACCAGCGUGACCAGCGAGACCAGCGUGAACCCCGACCCCGAUCCCGAUCCUGCAAACCCGUGACUUUUGACGGGUGGUCGGGGGUCACCAGGAGGAGGCCAGGUGGCCGGAGAAGAGAACAAAAGCACUGUUGCACUUUAUGCUGAGAAAAAAACGGAAAAAAAGACAAACAAACGAACAAACGUGAAAAUCAUGGACAAGCUAGAAUUUAAAAAAAAAAAAAAAAAAAAAAAAAAAAAAGAAAUCCAGCUGUGUUGAAUAGGUACCAUUAGGGGAAAUUGUAUGUUCAGGGUAAAGAAAAAAAGUAUUCAAAGAGUGAAAAGAUAAAAGAACGAGAGAAUAAAAUGUGGAUGGGGAAUUGCUGUAGUGCCAUAAGUACGAAGGGGACGGGCUGCCCCCCUUGAUGGAAAGCUUUUUCCCCCUGUUUUAUUUCCCCCUGAGGGUCGCCCUGUCCCCUUCUGAGCGAGUCUGCCAGACGGACCUGCCUUUUUUUUUAGUGUCCUUUUUAGCUGAUAAAGAGAUAUACCUUAUCUUUUGUUCCUCAGAAAGAGUAUUUAUUGUGUUUUAGUUUGUGUCAAACCCUGUCCACUGAACAAAAGAAAAAAAAACAAAAAAACUUGUAUGUUUGUUUGUAUGAAUCUAGAGCUUCAUGCUUUCCUGAUUAAAUCUUAGGUAGUUAAGUAGUGCGAUUCCUCUUCUUCUAACUACUUCUUAAUUUCUUUUUUUGCUUUUUUGUGGAGAAAAAAAAAACAGUGAUUUAAUUUAUUGUACUUGGUUUUUAUCUUUCUCAGCUUUCUCGUCUCAGUUUUCUGACAGCACAGACUGACAGAUGGACAGCUGAAAGCACUUCUUUUUUUGUGUCUCACCUCUUGUUCAAUGCUGUGGCAAGUUGUAUUCUUUAUCCUGCUUUGUGCUGUGUUUUUUGAGCUUACAGACAACACGCGCUCUGAAGCGGCCGUCGUUUUUGGCGUGGUGAAGAACAUAACUGGUUUACAAUCCUCAGGGCCCUGUGUGUUUGCUGGCCACCUCUCUUUCUCUUGUGCAGUCACAGCUACAGACCUCUCUCACUGGAAAGACAUAAUGAGCAGUGAUCCGAUUAUUCAAAGCGAAUUCCCCUCACAUUGCAUAAUUAAUUCAACGCCAGAAAAUGAAGACGGCGUCAUAAAGAGAGGCCCCAGUAGACACACGGCCUCACUGAGUUACAAUCUAAGCUAUUUCCCGGCCGUCACGGCUGAUAAAGCUAAGAAACGAGGCUGAGGUCAGUUCAUUUCUUUCUUCAGAUUCAUGUGCAGUCAAUUAAAUGCUGAAUGAAACCUGCAGGUCAUUUUGCAACUGACAGAGUGGGCAGCUGAAGUGUCCUUGAGCCAGACACUGACGACAAAGCCCCACUGUAUGUGACGCUCUAAUUGGUUUCCCCCUGAGCAGGACAACUUUUAAAGGGACAGUUGAACCUAAAAAUCAAACAUGAAAGUGCUCACGGCAACAGUCUGCGGAUUAUCCUUAGUAACAGAGUUGUGAAUUCUGGAAAAAGACAACGUGAUAUCAGAGAGAGUACAGACAUUUUUUAUGGCAUGAUAAAUAGAACUACAGGCGAGAGGAAAAACAUGAAUCAUUGAUUUUGGUUUGAACUGCCCCUUUAAACAAUGGCCGAUCAACGUAGUGCCAACUUUUCUUGCCUGCUCUGCAGAGGUCAGUCAUUUAGUUCUCAAGUGGUUGAAAGCUGCUAGAAUUUUUUUUAUGCAAUCAGUAUUUGUUUUUUUGUUUUUUUUUAUCCCCUCCAGAGUUUCACACACAACAAAACUGCCGGCUGAAUCGACAGUGAACUGAUCUCAACCUUUGGUGUGAAUGGUAAAAUCUUUAAAGGCCUCCCUCCGCUGACCUCCCCGCAUUUGAAUCGGCAAACACACAUCUCUGCUUACAAUUGAUGGGCUUUUUUGUUUGAGAAAAGACUAGUUAUUUGUUCUAAAUUUUCCUCGCUGGAUCUUUGCCUUUCACUGUGAGUUCGGAGGUCACUGGAGCGGGGGCUUUAAAAAAACAAAAAACAAAACAACCUUUUGCUGUUAAACUUUUUAUCGAAAACUCUGAUUGCCUGCCAGAGAACACUUGACAGUUCAAAGAAGCAGCAUAAACAGAAACAUUCAACCGAUUUACUUUCUACCUUUUUAAUUUAAUUUUUUUGUUUUCUAAAUUGAUCUUUCCCAAUGGUACUUAAUUUUAAGGCACAUGUUGUGUUUUUUUAAAGAUGAUGUGUUGGAAAAAAAUGAGUGAUAGGAGACUUUUUAAUUCACAAAACCCAGCAUCAAGUCGCUCGUCGAGUCUCAGUGCAGGUUACGUAGAGCGGUGUGGGAUGAAGUGUAGCCUGCUCAUGAUUUGAGAUGUUUUUGUUUUUUUUUCUUAUCGGCUGCUUCAGUACCUGCUGUCAUUGGCUCCUUCCAUGGAUUCUGCUGGAAAAAAACCUACUGCUGUGAGUGUGUGUGUGAGAGUGUAUGUGUGUGUGUGUGUACUCCUCCUCCUCCUCCUACAUUUCUAACAUAUAGUUUGUUAGCUGUCUGGUCUAAGCCUGCUUGUCUGUUAACUGGAAAUGAAAGGUUGUGCCAUUACGCCACAAACCUAAUCGAAACCUGAUCUCAAGAUGGAGCCUUUCUCAGAGAGGAAACUCUGUGAAACAUUUGAAACCCAUGCUCACGCGUCCCUUUUCAAACAGCUGCAUCAUACUUUGGCCACACGGAGAGGUGGGAUCAAGAAGAGCCGAGAAAACUGGCUUCUUUUUCCUCUUCGCUCUAGUUAAAUUCCCAAAAUCUGCCUUCUCUCAGGCAACAUCAGUCGCUUCAGUGGAGCCCACGCAAAACAUCCACAGUCCAUUCUUCUCAUUGUUCUUCCCCAGUUGCCUCUCUUUUGGAUCAUUAUACAUGGAUCCCACUCUCUCUGCACGGCCUCGAGGCACAUCUGAGCAGAAUACCAUGGGUACAGUAGAGCAGUAUCAUGCUUAUUUCCCACAGGAGGGAAGAGUGUGAAGCUAGCCUGUGAAUGACUGACUGAAUAAACUGUUUGUUUUUGUUUUUUUAAAUCGACAGUUACAAAUUCAUCACAGACCCCGCAUGCAUGAGCUUAAAAUCAAAAGAAUUCAACCCCCAGCGGCUUUUUAUCAUCAGAUUUUUGUAUUCAGCAGCAGCAGCAGGGCCAACCCAAAUCAAAUUACCACCAGAUCACGAUUAAUUAACGCUAAAGCUCUCCUGAUGAAGUGGCGUCGAUAGCAAGUUGGCGAAACCAUGACGAUUUCUGACGGAAAAAAUACAACAUCGGCCCUGCAGUGAAAAGUUAAUAAUUGAUAAAUCGGGGCUGCCAGAGUUUCAAUCUGCACAAAAUGUCCAGCAGUGAGCUGUCUGCGUUCAAAGCGUCUUGUUGUUGACAUAUAAUUGGUACUGUCUGUGCGUUUAGGGUACUGAUCAAAGGUAGUUUGGAGGGGACCAGACACAGGGAGGGCUCGGGUUUAGUUGUAUUUUUGUAAAGAUGAAAACAGCUCUAGGCGGGUAGGGAAAGGACAGCACUUUGUAGAAGAAGGCUGAGUGGCAGGUAGUGCUACUGAAAACAAGAAAAGAAAAAAAAAGAAAAAGUUGGAGACAUAAAGCAUUGUUAAAAUAAGUUGCUCUUCUUAUUUUUAAUUUGUCAUUUUUAUUUUUGUUUUUGAAAAUAAGACCAGUAGGGAACAAGAAAAAAAAAGAAAAGAACUCCUAACUACACAGUGCCACUUGUUAAUUUUGUGUAAAUAAUACUAGACCAUGUAAAUACAAUGUUGUAUAUGAAAAAAAAUCUUUAAAAUAAAAGGGAAAAUCAUUUGUGAGCAGAAAGAUUUUGUUUUUAUUUUGAUUUUUUGACUUUUUUUUUCUCCCCCCCUUCCUUUUUUUGGAUGAUUCAAAUGUGACACAGAUGAUGUGUAUUUCAAGACUGCUAUUUCAACAAAGUUUUGUUUUAUUUUGAAGUCUAUAACAGCGAGUGUAUAUAUAAUGAAACACAAAAUAAUGAGAAAUGUUUUACCGUAUUAUACCCUUGGUUAACUCCUACCUGUGUUAUAAAAAAAAAACAACCUUUGUCCUCAGUUGCUUGUUUCUUUCUGGUAUCGUGGUUUUACAGUGCUUUGGACAUGUCUAUAAGCUUGAUUGUGAACAAUUAAAGCUUGUCUGUCAAAGCA